AUGGUUGGCCUAGGGCCGAGUGAUCAAGGACGUGAUUCCUUUGAUGUGUGUAUGGUGGCACGUGAAAUUACACCGAGUGCGGUCGGCCGUGAGAGCACCGCACUGAAUGUCAGUAACGGCGUUGUUGGCGAUUCGCCAUAUGGUGUGGGCGGCCGUGAGGGCACCACACCUAAUGUCAGUAAAGAUAUUGUUGGCGAUACGCCGUAUAGAGUGGACGGCCGUGAGGGCACCACGCUUAACGCCGGUAAUGGCGUUGUUGGCGAUACGCCGUAUAGUGUGGGCGGCCGUAAGGGCACCACACCUAAUGACAGUAAUGACACUGUUGGCGAUACGCCGUAUAGUGUGGACGGCCGUGAGGGCACCACACCUAAUGUCAGUAAAGAUAUUGUUGGCGAUACGCCGUAUAGAGUGGACGGCCGUGAGGGCACCACGCUUAACGCCGGUAAUGGCGUUGUUGGCGAUACGCCGUAUAGUGUGGGCGGCCGUAAGGGCACCACACCUAAUGAUAGUAAUGACACUGUUGGCGAUACGCCGUAUAGUGUGGACGGCCGUGAGGGCACCACACCUAAUGUCGGUCAAGACAAAAGCUCUCGUGUAGAGCGUACUAUGGUUGGUAGUAACCAGGGGACAAUAUUGUCUCGACCCCUAAGGGGUGUAAGGUCUCGAAGAGACAAUCGAGACGCCGAGUAG